AUGGGUAAUAUCAUGUCAGUUUCAUUUGCACCAGAAUGUACGCCUGCUAAACAGGAAUAUGAUGAUUGUUUCAAUAAAUGGUAUACUGAAAAAUUUCUCAAAGGUAAAUCUAUACAAAACGAAUGUACUGAAUUUUGGGAUAAUUAUAUAACAUGUAUAAAUGCAAAUCUUGCAAAAGAAGGUAUUAAACCAAUGUUGGAUAAAGCAAGAGAAGAUGAACCAUUUAGUCAUGAAGAGAUAAAGAAAGAUUUAAAGGAGUAA